CGCAUUUCCGCUUCCACGAGGAAGUAAAUGAUGCAUUAGAAGGUUUAGUUGGUUCUUACUGUUUAUAGCGUUGAAGCAAAAUAUCUGCGAAAAGUGAAUAGUUCAGGCAAGAGUCGACUGUGGAAAACAUUCAUUUAGAAGCAGCAGGAACCCGUGGAUGGAAGUGGAGAGGACACGGGUCAUGGGUCCAGAAAGAGUGUUGCCGAGCUCGGAGGAGGAUUUGGGGCAGGAGCGAGUGUCCGAGCCCGUUGCCGAUGAGUGGAGCGGUGAGGACGUUGAGGAGGAGGAUGGAGUCCCGGGAGAGGAGGAGGAAGAGGAGGAGGGAGACAGCGCCAGUUAUUAUUAUCAACCCCUGAACCAGGAACCUGAUGGAGGUCCUAACACACAGCUGGAUCAGAACGACGAGGCGACACACGCCGAACAACUGCAGGAGGUGCAGGAGAGAAUAGAGGCCAUGGGUUUGUUCCUGCCUCAGCCACCAGCACCAGACAGUGAUGAGGAGGAAGAUCCUGAAGGAGCAGCUGCACACAGUAGCGCCUCAAUUCCUAUGGACCCCGAUCACGUUGAGCUGGUGAAAAGGACCAUGGCAGCAGUCAACUUGCCGUCUCUGGGGAUCCCUGCUUGGGCUCAAGAGAUUUCAGAUGAUCAGUGGAAGGACAUGGUGCAGAAGACUCUCCAGUCUCGGCAGAGCUCAGCAGGUCUCUUACUGCAACGCAAAUGAAAUGACCUUUAUCACGUUCUCCUUGCAGCUCGUCUUUCAUCCCUCAUAAAGCAUCAAGAGAGCCUCAUGUGAUUGUGGUGACAAAGAUGAAUUGUUUAUAUAUUAUAUUUGAAAAAUACUCUAAAUAUUUUGCAGAGUUUGAAGUAUUUCAGAAUAGUUAAGUGUGGCUCCUAAACAUUCCCUCCAGCGAACAUGUUUUAACAUUUUGGAGUAUUUAACCUCUUUGUAAAAUCGUACAUUUUUAUCAUGUCAGAUUCUCAGUUUUCUUUAUUUUCAUACAUGUGGGUGUCUCACAUGUUGGGUGACAACAUUCAUAUGCUUAAAUUGACUUUAAAACUUCUACAGAUUCAUGAUGCAUGUGUCUUGCACAUUCAGAAAUCUAAUGUUGUCUUUUAUUUUUCACUUUAUUUUUGUUCUGUACAUACAUUGACAUCUGUACAAAAUAUGACUUUCAUAGUAUGUAAUGCUCUGCCUAAUUAAAGUACAACAUAUGUACAUAUGACCCGGAAA